AUGAGAUAUAAAUAAAGUAAUCCCAAAUGCGGGGAAGUAACUAUUCCUUAAAAUGAUAAAAUUUAGGGAAAAAACUCUGAUUUACAUAUAUAUGUAUCAUAUACAAAUUAUGAAAAUGAUGAUUAUUUAGCCGCAGCUAGUUGGUGUUAAUUUGUUGAUGGUCUAGGACCUACUCAUGGUGAAGUUAACUUCAAUUUAAAUUUAAUGGGAAAAAAAAAUAUUAAUGAUCCUAUAGAAUUUGAAGUUUUAAUGGAAUUACUUAUCCAUGAAAUUACUCAUAUUUUGGGUUUUAGUAAUUUAGAUAUACCUAAAUGGAUAACUCAUAAUAAAACUCUUCAUAUUGAACCUACUAUUAUAAAAUCUAUAAGGGGAGUUGAAUAUUUACUAAUUAAAACUCCUAACAUUUUGUAGUUUGCUCGUCAAUAUUUCGGAUGUCCUACUUUAAUUGGUAUGCCUUUAGAUUUUUCAGACGACUUCAGAUCUGCAGAUUCGCAUUGGAAAAGCACAGACAUUUAAAACGAAUACAUGAAUUCAUUUACAUCAACUACUUAAGCUUAUUAUAGUGGUUUUACAGCUAAUCUUUUAAGAGACACAGGUUUCUAUUUUCAAAUCAACGCCUUUAUGGAAGAAAAGACAUUCUAUGGAAAAGGAGCAGGAUGUGAACACAUUUUAGGCAAAUGUAAUCCAUCAGCAAAAGAAUAUUGUGAUUCUAAAAAUGACUAGGAUUUAUGUGAUUUUUACCAUCAUGGAUCUUCUAUUUGUAAAGUUGGCUAUUAAAAUGAUGCUGAUUGUAAUUACUUUAAAUAAUUACGUGAAUUUAAGAUGCUGGGAUAAAUAAAGUAAUGCAUGCAAUGUAAGAACUUAGAUAAAUUUUGGAGUUAAAUUUGGGACUGA